UCCCGGGUCUCCGUAGUGGCGGUAUAUAUCGGCUGCUGGCGGAUCCGAAAAACAAAGCAACUUCCAGCUUUAAUUCACAUCUAACGCCCUAGUGUGUGCAGACGCUGCCAUGGAGGAGGUGACCCGCCUGGUGUCCACAGGAGACUGUGUGAGGAUCUGGGAUGCCGGUUCGAUGGCCCCUCUGGAGCAGUUUAACCCCCACAGCAGCGGACACCCGGUGAACCAGGCCUGCUGGAGCUCCAACAAUCAUUACCUGGUGAGUGCCAGCAGCAGCGGAGACAAGCUGGUGGUCUGCAGCCUGAAGACCUCUCCAGUCCCAGUGGUGGAGCUGGGAGACGGGAAGAAGCAGACGUGCGUCUCUCUCAGCUCCUCGUCUCAGUUCCUGGCGAGCGGAGGCCUCGAUCACUGCGUUCACAUCUGGGACCUGAAGAGCAAGAGACUGCACCGCUCGCUCAGGGACCAUAAGGAGGAGGUGACCUGCGUCUCCUUUAACUCCAACGACAGCCUGGUGGCGUCGGGCUCCAGCAGUGGAGACCUGGUUCUGCACAGCCUCACCACCAACCUGUCCAGCAAGGCCUUCGGACACGGCAGCAACCAGCCGAUCCACGCGCUGCGCCUGUCCCCCCUGCGGCGCUCCCUGCUGGGCAGCGUGUCGGACAGCGGCUCAGUGGUGCUGUGGGACUCGAACACGCAGAAGGAGCUGCACGCCUUCGACGGCGCCCACAAAGCGCCCGGCUCCGGCCUCGCCUUCUCCCCCUCCAGCGAGCUGCUGGUGGUCAGCGUGGGGCUGGACAAGAAGGUCCUGUGCUACGACACGGCCAGCAAGAUCGUGCUGAGGUCCAUCCGGGUGGACAGCCCCCUCACGGCGGUAGACUUCUCUCCGGACGGCACGGGGCUGGUGGUGGGCUCCACGCAGGGGAAGAUCCUCCACUACGACCUGAGGAACUCCAGCGCCCCCACCAGAGUCACCGCCGCGCACAAAACCUCCGUCACCUGCCUCCGCUUCCAGAGCAGCAGCAGCAGACUCAAGCCGUCCAGUAGACUCGGAUCCACGAAGAUCGUGAAGAGGUCGUCGUCCAGCAGCCAGCCUGACUCCGCCCCCAGCACAGGCCCUGCCCCCAGCACAGGCCCUGCCCCCAGCACAGGCCCUGCCCCCAGCACAGGCCCCGCCCCCCACAGGCAGGUGACAGGUACAGCAGGCGGCGCUGCAGCGGAGGUUCUGACCCGCGAGGAGCCGCUUCCUGUCGGGGAGAAGUUCAGCAAGGUGGGCCGGAACAGCCUCGACAUGUUCUCUCCGGCCCGGGAAGACCCUCGUUUCCCCGGGACGUCCGGAGACACGCCGUUCAGCCGGACUCAUGUCCCCAGCCUGGAGGCGCAGCACGUGGUGGGCCGCGCCAGCCUGGACAUCUUCUCCCCCGUCAGAGAAGACUCUCAGUCCCUGGUUCACCGUAAGACUCCUCUGGGGACGCCUCUGACCGCCGGGCGCUGCUACAGCCCGCUGUCCACCUUCCAAACCCCCCUCCCCAUCAAAGAGGAGGAGCCAAUCACUGCCGCCGCUGAGUCAUGUGACCCCGGGAGGCUGGAGAAGGGGAGCAGCUCCAGUCUGGAGGGGGAGGGGCCGACCCUGCCCACUUCCCCUCAGCUGACCAAUCACAGCCAGCCAGCCCCGCCCUUCUUCACCCCAGAUCUCAGGAGAGCCAAUGGAAUUCAAGCUCAGCUGAACUACGAGUCACCUGCACAGGGAGCCCCGCCCACUGCAGCAGCAGCCUCCCUCUCCUCCUCCCUCUCCCAGAACAUCAUGGAGGUGGUCGGUCAGGGAGCAGCUGCUCCUCUCUCCUCCCUUCAGAUCCACUUCAUCCAGAACAUGAUCCAUGAAACUCUGGAGGACUUCAGAGAUGUGUGUCACAGAGACAUCGUGAAUCUCCAGGUUGAGAUGGUGCGGCAGUUCUACAUCCAGCUGAACGAGAUCCACGGCCUGGUAGAGAAGUACUCUGUGAACGAGUCUCUGGUGGAGGAGGUGGAGAAACUGAGGGAGGAGAACCGCCGGCUGAAGACCAACUACUGACCUCUGAUCAGUAUCACAGCGCUUAUUAUGGGAUGUGGGGCGAGUCUGCCAAUCUCAGCAACAAAAUAAAAGUCAUGAUUGUGCCUGUUUUCAGCCCCGAUGUGAGGGAGGGUGUUCUGCAGCUGAAGAACCAACUGAAGCCAAACACACAGAACCAGCAGCUGAUGUUUAAAACACGAUAUUUCAUCCCUUCAGACGGACAUGUCCCCGUGUGCCUGUAUCAUGUUUUUAUUAAUAGGAAAGAUGUUGUUUAAAGAAUAAAGAAUAUGCAUAUUUAAA